ACCAAUAGGAAUUUCCAAGGAGCAUGUCCAAAAAUGGUGCCAUAGAGUCCAAUUUCCAUCGUAUGAAGUUCACUUCUAAUAGGAAAGAGUAAAGGAAAGGAGUAAAGGUCCAACAACUAUGAGAACUCCUGGAAAACCCUGUAUAUCUUCAGUGGUAGUCGUCCUAAAUCGGAAAUUUCAUAAUUCUUAUACAUUGCUCCACAUUUGUGAUAAAACUUUAAGCCUUCCUGAGCAGUUCUUUAAACGCUUCGGUUGAGCGAGAGCGAGAACAGCACAGGCCAGUAUCUCAAAACACACACGGAAAACCAAGCGUAGCCACGAAUUUUAAAUCCAGCCUUAUGGCAGCGCCGAUGACUAAUAACGAUAACUCAUAAUUAUAACACUACAUCGGUAAAUAUUGGAUAGCUAUAUGAGGUCGUUCUGUUAAAGAAAAGAAACUUUUCAAUUUUACGUCGACCUCCUAAAAUUCUCUUUUUUUUAAGUGAUUGGUUUUUCGAGAUUUUUAAAGUGGUGUUUCAUUACGUAGAUUCUAAUCUGUCCAUAGAGCUUCUAUGUCAGAAAAUGGGUGAAAAUAUAAGGAGUCUGUCUUCAGACUCCCGCCACUUACACUAAACAAACACACGCUACAUGUCCUCUUUGCGGUUGCCUUACCAAAGAAGGCACUAUGAGUAAAUUACUUGAACUAAUAAGACUCAAUAUCCAAAGCGAAACAAAAUUAGCACAACCAUUUUUUUUAUGACUUACAAUCUAUUCCUGCUUAAUGCAAAUAACUGCCAAACUUCUUCGUGGGCCGAAUUAAACAGCCUUCGCGAGCCGUAUGUUUGACAUGUCUGGAGUAGAAUCUCGAACACAGAACGGGACACGAAAGUUGAACUUUACGAUUUUUGGAGCCGGACCACCGGGCGUUAGCACAAAGGGGUAAGACGCUUUUUGUCGCCGAACGAAAGAGUGGGGUGGUGGAACGAAUAGUCAAUGGAUGGCGUUGCGAAGAUUGCCACUUCCCUAUCCCUGGCCGUGGUAAACCCGCAGCGGGUCGCCCGGUGGCCGGCGGUUCUAUUUAAGCCUACCGGCCGACGCUCGCCACGGUCAGUGUGCGCACGAGUGUCUUCCCGCGUGGUGUGGUGUGCAGUUGUUUGUGAACCAAAAAAGAAUGUUGCUAUACAAUCGGUGCAAGUGUCCGUGCUCGGUGGCCCUGCUGGUCUUGGGUUUGGUGUGCAGGCUGGCGGUCGCUCACGCCUACCCGUACGCGGACGAUUUCCCGUACCAGGUGCACGGUCGGCCCGUCGCCACCGUGUCGGGCGGCUCUAGUUCGGGCGGCGUGAAGAAGCUCGUCGCCGGCAGCUCGCAGGAUGCGCGCGGCGAGGGUGGCAGCGAUGCGCGCGAUCACCGGAAGGAGCACGCGUUCGACGAGGCGGGCAGCAUCGGGUCGGCCUCGGACGCGGUCCGCUACCAUCAACUCGACAAUCAACUGGACGGGCACCGGGUGGUGGACGCUAGCAAGGGCAGCACGGUCGACAAGGUGAAGCAUCUGGCGGGCGAAAACUUCGAGGCGGACAAGUCGCACAACCGGAAGCACAUCAAGUCCGGCUUCAGCAACUCGUACCACAAGGACGAGAGCGGCAGCAAGAGCUCGUACUACGAGGACUCGGACGACCACGGCGGCAAGCAGGUGUACGACAACCGGCACAACCUGCGCAACGACUACGCGGACAAGCUGUACAGCCAGGACCGGCGCAACGACUACCUGCGCGACCAUUACGAUGAUCGGGCGUCGGGCAGCGAGCUGCUCGGUGGCCACCACUACCGCCGGGUCGGGGCGCUCGACCGUGGCAACGCAUACGGACAUCGGGACGGCUAUGCUCACAACGACCACAGCGACCAGCACUACGGCACGCAGUCGUACGGUGGGUACGAUCACUAUCAGCCGGCCGCCAACUAUCACUACGACGAUCUGUACCGGCGCCGCUCGUACUACGAUCCACGGCCCGCCUUCGCGACCGCUCCCCUGGCACCCGCCCCCAUUACGAUCUAUGAGGAUCCCCGCGACUACGCUCCGUACCCGUCGGCACUGGCCUCGCCCUAUCCAGCGCGUGAAAUCAGGGACGGAUCGGCCGUGCUGAGCCGGGACGAGAGCAGCUACCACCAUCACCACCACCGCCUGCACCAGGACCCGUCCGAUGGUGGUUCGUUCGGGCAGCGGCGUCGACUCAUCUAUCGGCCGAGUCCGGUGGCCGCAGCCGCACCGUUGCUGAACGGCGGUUAUGGCCGCUACUGAACAACUUCGCCCAGUGGGCAAUCCCUUUUUUCUUAGGUUUAGCAAGCGUCCAACGACUUUGUGAGAAUUGGAAAAUAAGAUUUCCAACCAUUUUCAAACUGUGUCGCGACGGUAAAGUAUUGAUUUUAGCUGUGUAAUAUUUCGCCUGUAGGUCGAAUUCGAUUCGAUCGCCAGGACGCUGGCCCAUGACGCUUGGCGUUCUGACAUGAAAUAAAACAAUAAAAAAGAUGCUUUGGCGAUAUAUCGCUGAAGCUUCAUCGAAA